AUGAUCGAUACGGCUAGACGAUAUGGAGUCGAACGGGAGCUUGGAUUCGCAUGGAAGGAGUCUGGAGUGCCCCGCUCGGAUUUGUUCCUGUGCUCAAAGUUGUGGCCUGUCAAUUUUGGCUCAGGGACAAGGGAGGCGUUUGAGUUGUCAUGCGAGAAACUCCAGACGGAUUACCUAGAUCUGUUUAUGACGCAUUUUCCUGUAGUUCCCGAUUGGCUAGGAGAUCGUCGUGAAGUUCACGAAGAGACGUGGCGGCAACUGGAGUUGCUCUAUGAUGAAGGACGAAUUCGUGCCAUCGGUGUUAGCAACUAUUCUGAGGAUGAUCUCACAGAGAUGUUCGAGUACUGUAGCGUAAAACCGCAUGUGAACCAGUCCGAAUUUCAUCCAUGGUACAAUCCCGUUGAACUGCGGACCUUCUGCGAAGAUAACGACAUUUUAUAUGCGGGUUAUUGUCCGAUAGCCAAAGGGAAAUUUCUCGAUUCGGAUGUAUUGCUCCGGCUUAGCUCGAAAUACAACAAGACACCGGCUCAAAUCUGCCUCAGAUGGUCUCUCGAACACGGCGUUCCCGUGAUUCCAAAAAGCAAAGAAAAGCAUCGGAUUUUGGAAAACAAAAAUGUCUUCGACUUCUCGCUGAGUAUGGACGAUUUGGACGAAAUGGCGUCACUUCAUGCUAAUCCAAAGAAACUCAUCCGUUUUGAGGAUUUACCAAAUAAAUUCAAUUUACCUGAUGGGUACAAACUGGCCGGACGAGUUUUCGGUGUGCCUUAUCCGUCAACGGAAAAUGACUUGUCAACAUAUCCGAACGUCUACGCCACUGCUCAGAACGUCUGCUAA